AUGCUUACAGAAGUUUUGGCUCAGAAACGUGUAGUCAUCCAACAAUCUGACGUUCAUACUUUCUGCGAAGAUCAAAGCGUUGCUGAUAUUGUGGAGACUGCAGUUAACAACUACAAUACCAUUGAUGAGAUGACCUCAUACCUGAAACAACAUCUGAACAAAGCCGGGUGGGCUUAUCUAUUCAUAGAGGAAGCUAGAGCAACUAGUACGGUUGCAAAUGUACUUCCUAUGGAUAUGAACUUUUGCUAUAUGGGAGUAAACAAGCUCGUUCCUGGCUCAACGAAACGUAAAUUCACUUUGUACUCUGGCUUAGUCAAAGCUUGA